AUGUAUCUCACCGACAUCGUUUACCUAGUCGCCGACCUACUCGAUGAGAAUGAUCGAGCUCAUCUCGCUCAAGUUUCCAGACUUUACUUUGAAUUGGUUAUGCCAUUGGCGUGGCGUACAGUCAUCGGCGUGACUCAGUUAUUCAAACUCAUUCCCGACGUUAGGGUUGACACCCCGGGAAUUCUGGCGGGGACCGAGACUAUUAAUAUUCCUAAGAAUCUUGAUAGCGCAGACAUUGUUCGUUUUCAAUUCUACGCCAGAUUCGUCAAGCACCUACAGCUGUUCAAAAAUCCAGCAGUCGUAACUAAAUUAAACCGAUGGGACGAAUUACUCCAAUACACAAAUCACAAUACACUAUUGCCGUCACUGAGAUCAAUCAGUUUAGGGACUUAUUGGCCUCAAAGCAUAUCACAUUAUGCCUGGAUAGCCGCCUUCAGUUCCCCCUCUAUUCAAAUACUCGAAACACACCCACUUGUUCGUCAAACCCUUCCAACUAUAUCCACAGAAACAGCCCUGGGAAUCUUUAAACUCUUGGUUGAUAGGUGUCCCAAUUUAGAAUCGCUUUCCAUUUUUAUUAACCCUCAACAACGAACAUCACGGCUCGAGCCUCGUUUACUGGGUGGUGGCGGUGUUCACCAACAAGGACGAGGCGAACUCUUAUUUGAGGCAGUCAAACACGUUCGAAAUUUGACUUGCACAUCUUCCAUGGCAGAUAGUUUUCAGGACACAUUCUUACUACUAAGCCGCUUGCCCAACCUUGAAAGUUUGCGGAUGUAUGCAUCGCAACAAUAUGGCGAUCACACAAUCCCAACAAUACCCUUGGAACCUGAUGCCUUCUCGCAACUAACAAGUCUAACACUGUACGAUUUUGGACCAUACGCAACGCUAUCUAUUUUUGAUCACCUAAGUUCAGCUGCCGAGCUGAGUCAACUUGCCCUGGAACUCAACCACAAGGCCGAAGAAGUUUCUAGCCUUGAUGAAUUCUAUAACUUGGAGCUCAUCCCUACUAUAUGCGCUCGAACACGACGUCUCCAACGCCUUAUCAUUCGCCCAAUUAUAGAAGACAAAGCAUACAUUCAUAUACAGCAAUCAUCUCUUCAACUGCUAUCAGCACUCCCCUUGAACCACUUGACCUUGGCCAAGAGUCACGCCGAUAUCGAACAGCUGACUGAACUGUUCCCCCGGAUUCAAAUCUUGCGAUUACCGGACCUACCCGUUACAAUCAGUCAACUUUGCCGGUUUACCGCGUGUCGCGAGCUUGAACAUUUAUCCUUAAAACUGGACUUGUCGCCACGCGGCCCGACAGAACCAUCCUCCGAUCGGUUCUCACCGACGGCACCCCUAUUCGUUCUAGAAACCGACUAUGGGGGUUUCGACCGGUUGUCUCAGGCUGAUACUCGAGACUUGUUAUCGUAA